AGGAAAUUGCUGCUAACUGCAAAAAAGUUAAACCAAUGGUGGUGAAUGGUUGACAAGUUGACAAAUGGGCCUAAUACAGUUGAAUGCAGCAAGUCGCGGCGUUUGGUCGCAUCGGUACGUUUACGUUGAACAUAACGCGUUUAAACGGAAUUCCAUUUGAUGCUCUGUUAUGUAGCUGGGUGUACAGUUAUUUACUCAACAUAAACCGAAGUUGCUUGAAUUGUAUUGGCCAGCAUGCUGUGGACCGAUCUGUGCUAUAAACUUUACUUUUGGCCAUUUCUCAAUUAUCUGGCGGGAAUCAAAGGAAUUUGUCCAUUUUAUCCAGGUUUUUUCCCCCUUAUCACACUGCCACCAGGCACUAUAUUGACAACGCCAUCCACAGUGACUACAACCACAACCACAACUGUAACCACAACUACUACUACAGCCGGCACCACAGUGCCCACAUUUUCACCAACACCACCAACGGUCCCUACACUGCCGCCAUGUCCGGCUCAGCCACUGCUGUGUUUAAAUGACGGCACUCCUCCGAUACCUUACUGCCCAUGCAUUGACCCAAGGCAAAGUGGUCUGGUAAAUGCAAUGGGCGCAACUACAUUGACGCCGUCUUUGGCGCUACGAGCGGGCGCGGCCAUAUCGUCAGACCGUCUUGUCUUCAUGCCGGUUAACGCUCAACCGAAUGUUGCUCAGAAUUUACAACAACAACAACCAAGUGGUAGUUCUAAUUUUAAUUUUCCUUUGCGCUCACGAAAUGGCGUACAGCCGAGCGCAACGCCCGGUCCAGUCGGCUCGGAUACGUUAGUUUUCAGUUCGCUUAGCGGACGUCGGCGCAGGAAACGGCGAAAGUGAAAUGUGUACUACACGAAAAAAUUGAAUUUGCUAAUGUUUUUGUAUUUCAAUUAUGAAUGAACGAUUAUUUAGUAGAAAGUAGAAUAAAUAUGGAUUCAUUUUCAUAAAUUAGUUUAUAGAAAAUACUAAUGGCCGAAAUAAUAUGAAACUGCACUGUGCCCCUUUAAUAUUAUAUUAUAAAAAAUUAAGUCUUAUUAUAAUUACAUUAUUUUAUAAUAUAUGUAUAAUAUAUUAUUUUCAUAUUAUAUAAUAUUACAUCCUAUAUAAUAUUUGAUAUUUAAAUAUAUUAAUUUUAAAAGUUUCAUUAUAUUUAAAGUUCAUUUGAUUCAAAAUUAGUAAAAAGAAAACAUAUUCAUUUAGAGUUCUAACCUAAAAAAUUGACUAUUUGAAACUAAUUUUCUAUUAUAGCCUAAGUAUGUACCAUUUAUUAUUUUUAUGAUAUCAAAACACUCGCAUAAAUAAAAUAAUUAUUUCCGGU